GCGAGGAGGGUGGGUUUCCCCGGAGGCGGGCGCCCGGCUGGGGCGCAGCACGGCGUCUCCCUCUUCCCCGCCGCAGCCGCGCAAUGGACGUCAGCCACUCCGUCAAGGAGCGCACCAUCGCCGAGAACAGCCUGGUCAUCCUGCUGCAGGGCCUGCACGGCCGCGUCACCACCGUGGACCUCCGCGACGAGAGCACGGCCACGGGGCGCGUCACCAACGUGGACGCCUUCAUGAACGUGCGGCUGGCCGAGGUGACCUUCACGGACAGGCAGGGCACGGUGUCCCACCUGGACGAGCUCUUUGUGACCGGCAGGAACGUCCGCUACGUCCACAUCCCCGACGAGGUGGACAUCAGGGCCACCAUCGAGCGGCAGCUGCAGGCCAUCCACAGGGUCCGCUACUUCGGGGGCCGCGACAAGGGCAGGAAGGAGUUCCCUCGUGCCAAGCACAAGUGAGGCCCCGGCGCUGCCCGCAGCCCUGCCCGCGGCAGGGCCGGGAUGGAGCUGCCCCUUUGACCGGA